CUCACAGGAUGUAGGUGGGUGUGGUGGGUCGAUCAUGAUUCAUGAGCCAAUAGCAGCGCACAAUAUGGUCUGCUAGAAAAAGGAUACCAAAUAUUACGGCAGUAAAAAAAGGGUAUACAUAUUCUUCAACUUUGAACCAGUCACCGACCCACCUAGAGAGCUAGAGAUAAGUGGCGCACUGUAACUACUGUUCUUUUCUUGUGUAUCAUGGCGUCUCGGAGGGUCUCUUCGGUUCUGUCUCGUUCAUUCACAUCUGCUUCUCUGUUUUCUGCAGGGAGGUCUUCUUCUGUGGCUAGAGGAAUUGGUAAAUAUAGCACUGAUGCUUCAUUUGAGGCACCAAUCAUUCCAUCCGUUAAAGUAAAUUAUACUCGGCUUCUAAUUAAUGGACAAUUUGUAGAUGCAGCAUCAGGGAAAACUUUUCCCACAUUGGACCCCCGAACUGGGAAUGUGAUUGCUCAUGUUGCUGAAGGCGAUUCUGAAGAUAUAAAUCGGGCAGUUUCUGCUGCCCGCAAGGCCUUUGAUGAAGGACCAUGGCCAAAGAUGACAGCUUAUGAAAGAUCAAGGGUCCUUUUCCGCUUUGCUGAUUUGGUUGAAAAGCAUAAUGAUGAAAUUGCAACCCUUGAGACUUGGGAUAAUGGGAAGCCAUUUGAACAGGCUGCUAAAACUGAAGUACCAAUGAUUGUGCGUUUUUUCCGGUACUAUGCUGGAUUUGCGGAUAAGAUUCAUGGUCUCACAGUUCCAGCUGAUGGAGAGUAUCAUGUGCAAACCUUGCAUGAACCUAUAGGUGUUGCAGGUCAGAUAAUUCCAUGGAAUUUCCCUCUUCUCAUGUUUGCUUGGAAGGUUGCGCCUGCCUUAGCAUGUGGCAACACCGUUGUUCUGAAGACAGCAGAGCAGACACCAUUGUCUGCUCUAUAUGUAGCAACGCUGUUGCAGGAGGCUGGACUUCCUCCAGGUGUUUUAAAUGUGGUUUCAGGUUUUGGUCCAACUGCCGGUGCAGCGCUUUGUAGUCAUAUGGAAGUUGAUAAGGUUGCUUUUACUGGAUCAACUGAUACCGGCAAAAAAGUACUAGAAUUGGCUGCCAAAAGCAAUCUUAAGACUGUAACUUUGGAGCUUGGCGGGAAAUCCCCAUUUAUUGUGUGUGAGGAUGCUGAUGUAGAUAAGGCUGUUGAGCUGGCACACUUUGCUUUAUUCUUUAAUAUGGGUCAAUGCUGCUGUUCUGGUUCUCGUACAUUUGUGCAUGAAAGAGUAUAUGAUGAGUUCAUAGAGAAAGCAAGGGCCCGUGCUGAGAAACGCAUUGUUGGUGAUCCAUUCAAGGGGGGUGUUGAGCAAGGUCCUCAGAUUGAUUCAGACCAAUUUGAGAAGAUCCUGAGGUACAUAGAUUAUGGUAUUAAAAGUGGAGCUACACUGGAAACUGGAGGAGGGAGGCUUGGCACAAAGGGUUUCUAUAUUAAGCCCACUGUAUUCUCAAAUGUUAAGGAUGACAUGCCAAUAGCACAGGAUGAGAUUUUUGGUCCAGUGCAGUCCAUCUUGAAAUACAAGGACCUUGAUGAGGUGAUAAGAAGGGCAAAUACUACGCGAUACGGGCUUGCUGCAGGGGUCUUCACACAAAACAUAGAUACUGCAAACACAUUGACACGUGCAUUGCGGGUCGGUAGUGUAUGGAUAAACUGCUUUGAUGUCUUUGAUGCUGCAAUUCCUUUUGGAGGGUACAAGAUGAGUGGACAUGGAAGAGAAAAGGGCAUUUAUGGUCUUUCUAAUUACUUGCAAGUUAAGGCUAUUGUCACGCCCCUGAAAAAUCCUGCAUGGCUAUAAACUUCAAAAGCUUAGUUUCACUGUGCAAUGCCAAGAAUAAAGAGAGAAGUGCAUCAAUAUUUGACGCAUUGAUUUCAUGAUGACAUUAGGUGGUGCUGAUGAUGAAAGUCUUGCUUCUUUGUAAUGAACCAAAGCAAUGUAUUUGUUGAAUUAAUGGUUGGUUCAGUCAAUUACUAGUUUAGUGGUUGGUGUAGUGGCUAAUCAAAUUCUAUGGUUUGUUGAUGCAUCAUUUUCUCCUCUUUCAAUCACAUAUCAAAAUCUGUUGCUGAUAAUAGGCUGAUUAUCUGUUUA